UUCUAUCAAGGAGAAUAAUGAUUAUCAGCAGGUAGCCUGUACGUUAACAUAAACAUGACUAAUCAAUCAAUCAAGAUUUUUUUUUUCAACAGUUAGAAAAUAUUAAAAGGCUAAAGCCUACAAACACAUCUUACCUUCCACAGAAGUGCUGGUGAGAUUGGACAAUUGUUUUUUAAUUGGCUAUAAUAAAAUAUGAUAGUCUUUAUUCUUCCAUUGUAGGAAUGUUUUUUUAUUUGCUGCCUUACCAUUUGGCUUGUAUCGAACAUUGGGUAUUGAGGGGUCUGUGGGGAUUGAGCACGUGACAGUGACAGCAUAUUUUAUAGGAUCUCAAGGAAAAACUGUUUAUUUUUACUUGCUACGUUAGGUUACACUGUACUAGAUCUACGCUGAUACGUCGAGAGCGGAUUUGUCGAACAUCACAACUGCUCUGCUCAGGCUUUCUGAAUAGAGAAAAUUGGCCAAAUUAAACAUUGAGAGCUACCCAAACGCUUGAGACGUGAAGAAACAUCGAUGAACUGGUCGUUUUUUUCAACGAGUUCACCUGUAAAGCGGUUAGUCGCGCGCCAAGCAUACAAGAACCGAUUCAUCCAGUGGAUGCAGCCGUACUGGCUCCACCAAAAGGAGGAGAAUAUACAGACAUAAAACAGUGUCGACAAGACCUUUUCCAGGACCAGAAGUCUAUGGAAAGAGGAUGGAAGGAUUCCUCGUAUCUCUAACACACUAGAGCCCUCGCUGCCUCACUCCCGCCCUUCGUAUCGCACUCGCUCGUUAUCAAAGGGCAGUAGAAUGGACGAGCAGAGAUGCAUCCUCCCUCCACCCCUCAAAACAGAGGAGGACUAUAUCCCUUACCCCAGCGUUCACGAGGUCCUGGGCCGUAGGAGCCCCUUCCCCCUUAUCCUGCUGCCUCAGUUUGGAGGCUACUGGAUCGAGGGGACCAAUCACAAAUCCAGUGCCACACCUGGGUCUGAGCAGCAGCCAUGUGCUUCCUCCCACAUCAAGCUGGAGACCAACAGCAUUGCCAAGAUCUACAGGAAACAGUUCAUGGGCAAGGAACACUUUAACUACUAUUCCAUGGACACUGCCCUGGGCCACCUGGUCUUCUCCAUGAAGUAUGACGUCAUCGGGGACCAGGAGCACCUCCGCUUGCUGCUAAGGACCAAAUUAAAAACCCACCAUGAUGUGAUUCCUAUCUCCUGCCUGACUGAGUUCCCCAACGUGGUCCAGAUGGCCAAGCUGGUGUUUGAAGAGGUAAACGUGGACAGAUUUUACCCAGUCCUCUACCCGAAGGCCUCAAGGCUCAUUGUCACCUUUGAUGAGCAUGUCAUCAGCAACAACUUCAAGUUUGGAGUCAUUUAUCAGAAGUUUGGCCAGACCACCGAGGAGGAGCUCUUUGGGAACAGCGACGAGAGUCCUGCUUUUGUGGAGUUCUUGGAGUUUCUGGGCGACAAGAUUGAGCUCCAUGACUUUAAAGGGUUCAGAGGGGGACUGGACGUCACCCAUGGCCAAACAGGAACAGAGUCAGUCUACACUAACUUUCACAACAAGGAGAUCAUGUUCCAUGUGUCCACCAAGCUGCCAUACACAGAAGGAGACACCCAGCAGCUGCAGAGGAAAAGGCACAUAGGCAACGACAUCGUGGCCAUCUUGUUUCAGGAGGAAAACACACCCUUUGUGCCAGACAUGAUAGCCUCCAACUUCCUGCAUGCCUAUGUGGUGGUGCAGGUGGAGAAUGCCUGCUCAGACACCGUCACGUACAAGGUGUCUGUGACAGCGAGAGACGAUGUGCCUUUCUUUGGACCCGCUCUACCGGACCCGGCCAUCUUUAAAAAGGGACAUGAGUUCCAUGAGUUCCUGUUCACUAAGCUGAUAAAUGCGGAGUACGCCUGUUACAAGGCUGAGAAGUUUGCCAAGCUGGAGGAGCGCACACGGUCGGCCCUGUUGGAGACACUGUAUGAGGAGCUACACAUCAACAGCCAGUCCAUGAUGGGCCUGGGAGGGGACGAGGACAAACUGGAGAAUGGGGGUGGAGGGGGGGGGGGCUUCUUUGAGUCCUUUAAGCGGGUGAUCCGCAGCAGAAGCCAGUCUAUGGAUGCCAUGGGCCUCAGUAACAAGAAGCCACACACUGUCUCCACUAGUCUCAGCGGCAGCUUUACCGAGACCCCCAAAACCCCAGGGAUAUCUCUGAUCAUUCCUGGGAAGAGCCCCACCAGGAAGAAGUCUGGGCCUUUUGGCACCCGACGGAGCAGUGCCAUCGGGAUCGAGAACAUCCAGGAGGUGCAGGAGAGGAGUCGGGAAGUGUCCCCCAGCACACAGAGGACCCCAGACAGUGGACACAUCUCCCAGGACCCCAAAUCAGAGAACUCAUCCAAUCAGAGCUCACCAGAGAUGCCCACCACAAGGACCAGUUCCGCCAUCUGUUGCAGGGCUCCAUACAUCCCUGAGGCCCAGGACCUGUCCCGCUCCUCAUCCAAUGCUAGCAGCUUUGCCAGUGUGGUGGAGGAACACGAUAAUGUGUGCAUCGAGGAAUACAACACUGGACUGGAGAGUCUAUGCUCUUUUGGAACACCAUACAAGAAGGACUCAUUUGCGUACGUCUCCUGGAUAGAGGAUAGUAUGAGCAAUACUAGUGCAACCAGCCAGGUCAGCUCUCCAGCACCUGCACUGCCCCAUCAGACUGAGGGGGGCAAAAGGGUAGAGCUCAAAAGGGCAGAGAGCCGAGACAAGACAGAGAGGUCACAGGAUAAGUCAUCAUCGCAUUCCCAUAAGAGGCACCCCCUGCAGGAGAUGAAGCAAGCACACGUGUUUUCCACCACAGACGCAGAGGAGGAUCAGAGCUAGUUGCUGGGACAGGCAGACCUGGUGUAGGCUGGUCUAGUCUGUACAGCCAGGUCCAUGGACAUGCACUUACAGCCCUCCCUCAUUCCAACUCUAUGUGGCUGACUCCCAGCAUGCCUAGAGGGGUGAAGGAGAGGAGUGUCCCGCACCCCACCCAAAAGGAAUGCCACUCACACAGCAUCGCCUCUGGCUGUCGUCUGUUGGCUCGCUUAGCCUGCAUUUGUUCAUGUGGUUUCUCAUUGUAUACACUCCCUUGUCUUCUCAAUGGCAUUGUUGAUUGUUUUGAAGGUCGAAGCAGGGGUGGAUCUUAUUCGUUCAAUAGAUUGGUUUUGCAGGAGAGCCGUUGACCAUGUGUGAGGUACAACAGGACAUUCUGUUAGGCUAAGGAGGAAUGCAUGAGGAGGAUAUAAGGGUGUUGUCCUGUUGCCAUUGUGGGAAGAAAUUACAUUAUUGCACCCAUCAACCUCACAUUCCACCAUGAUACUGUACAUGUGUUACUCUUGGUGUCCUGGAUCCUUUUUUGUCACAUCAAUCCUUGUGUUUCAAUUAUGAGUGUAAUGGUGGGUGUUGACUAGAAACUUUUAGUAAAUGUUACAUGUUUUUAAUAGAAGGUACUUUUGUCAUCAUGCUGCUGCUGGUUUCAAUUUCACUACUUCCCCUGCCAAACUGUACAAUCACAGUUGAUGUUGGAAAAUGGAAAAUCUUUUACUGACUCAACAAUUAUGCUCAUCCUAUUUCAUGCCAUUUAAGCUGAGCAAAAAACAUGAAGUAUUGAAUUACUGGAUAAGGUCCAGUGUCCAAACUAAAUGAGUCAUCAGUCUUCAUCCCUGUUCCAUACUGUAGAUAAUACCGCACAGACAUUCCACCAAGGUGACCUAACCAAAGCAGACAGCCUCCAAAGUCAAGCUACUGUCCAGUGACUAUAGUCUUCAGCUUUUCUUUAAAUCAAGCUUGUGGUUUGGAAUAAAGUAUGUGUUUGGAUGUGUAUACAACUGUGCAUGGUGUAAAUCUGCUUGCAACCCCCAGUCAACUGGUACCAUGCUCAAAAUAGGUGUUGUCCCUGGACUGUUCCUGUGAUGUGUUACUCCAAACCAGUCAAAUCAGUCAACUUCUCCAAAUUCAGUGCACAAUGCAGAUAUACAAUCACUUUAUCAGUUUCAUAUAGGUUUUGAUUGAGAAAGAUGGGGCUACAUUGUGUAGAUGUGGAAACCGGCACUACGUUUUCAGAUUGCUGAUAGUUUGAAAAUCUGACUUAUUUCUAAAAAGAAUUACACUGUGACAAGUCUUGAAGUUGCCUUUUUGAUGAUUGUGCUAAGCUGCUUUGUAGGAGGGUAACCCCCUUCAUAUAAGGAAUCUAUCCAACGGUGGACUUUGCCAACUGGAAUCUAUCACCAACUGGUUUGAAUGUAAAACUAAACAGAUGUCUAUGAAUUUGUACAUAUCUGCUCUCUAUGAAUGGAACCUGGGUCUCGUGAAACAUCUAGACAUUUUCCCUCUGAUGUAUGUGAUGAAAAUAACUGAUAUGAAGGCAUGGUUUUCAUUACUUUUUAUUUCAAUGAAAUGAAGAGCCAAUGUGGAAUUUAGUUGUGCUUUCUCUGUUGUGACAUUAGUACAUUCGGUUUUCAUACAAUAUUUUUGAAAUCUUUUAGUUGAAUCUUAAGGAUCCCUGUCUAAGUAACACUACACCAAAAUACAGCUAGUCUUGCAUUUAAUCAUAAAAACACCACAAGUCAUUGGAAAGAUGAUAAAGUUUCAUCAUGUUAACAGAGCCUUUGGAGUCAGUGUGUAUUGCACACAAACUCAAAAUAUAUUAAAAAAAAACUUUUAUCACAAAGGUCUCACUGGUCUUUGUAAAAUUCUUGAAUACCAGUAGUUGGAUUACCUCCAGUGGCUCCAGAUUAUAUUUGCACAUUUCUCUGUGGUCCUGUUGUUCUGUUUGUACAUGCAAGACAUUUGGAUUGAGCCCCCAGCCAAUUCAAACAACAGAUCUAAUUUGCAAUGUGCUUGAUUCAGGUGAUUGUAUUGCUCUUCUCGUUGACAGUCCGCUUAAACCCUUGUUCAAGUUCCAAAGUCUUGUUUGUAAAUAUUGCUUUUCACCCUUUUGUAAAUUAAGCCAAAUAUGUUUAAUAAAGACAAAGGUGUAAUACCA